GCUCUCUCCUGCACAGGCGACGGCGCCGACCUUCGCGGUGGGGAGUCCCUCGGGCCUUCGGAAGCAGCCGCCAGAGAAUGCUCGGACCUCGGACGCGGCAGACAGUGCUCUCUAAGAAAGGCUGCGCAAUAUGUCGCUUAAGAAGGGACAAUCAACAGGACAUGCAUAAGUGAAAAGUUUGAUGCUCAUGAAAAAGGUCAUGAAGAAUGGAGUGUGUCGAAGAGUCCAUCACAAUUUUGUCUCGUCAGGAGGGAUUUGAUUAUGAAUUUGUCCCUCCACUUGACCCCAAGUAUGAGUGUGCCAUAUGUCUACUGGGAUUGCGCUCACCUAUACAAACUACUUGUGGUCACCGCUUUUGUAAAGACUGUAUCUUCAACUGUAUGAGUGAGAGCAGUAGCCGCUGUCCAGUUGAUAAUACUCCUCUCACAGAAGUUGAUUUGUUCCCCGACUCGUGUGCUGAACGUGAGAUAUUGCAGCUUAGUGUUAAAUGUCCAAAUCAUGGCUUGGGCUGUAGGCGAACAGUUGACUUGAUGUAUAUAGAGCAUCAUACUCAAGCUUGUUCUUUUCAGCCAGUCAUGUGCCCUAAUGAAUGCUCAGCAACAGUGUUACGGAAAGAAGUGGAACAGCAUCUGAGUUCAGAAUGUGUCCUGCGGGUAAAGAAAUGUGCUCUCUGCGAGCAGCCUUUCACUUUCAAUCAGGAGCAACUGCAUUUGUUAAGUUGUGUGCGUGUGACAGUCCCUUGUGAGAUGUGUGGAGCUAUGAUGCCACGUGGGGAAGUUGCAGGACACAUGACAGAGACAUGCCCAAAGGUGGUGGUGGCAUGCACUUUUGCUGAACAUGGCUGCCAUCACAAGAUGACUCGAGCUGAUUUAAACCAACAUAUGUUGCAAGCCACGCAGCUACAUCUGCAGCUUCUGUCUUCAGCAUACAAGAAGAUCAACACCUUUGUGUCAGAUCUUAGUCGUACAGUAGGUCUAAUUCAAUCUCCGUUUGGAAACUUCAGUCGACAACCAAGUUUACGCAGCCAGAUAUCAGCAACAUCACCCAUCCCAGAGAAUCACACAAGUCCAUCACUUCCAGAAAGAACCCUAGAAAAGUCCUUAGGUGCAACUGGAGGGACAGUAGGCUGUAAUGAAAAAUCAGGUGUCUUUUCCUCUCCUCAGUCUGGGGACAAAGGCGGUGCUGACUCAGGUAUUGAACUGAACAAGCUUCACCUACAGCUGAACCAAGUGAGUAUAGAAGGAGUAGGCAAGAGUCCAUCUUCAAAGUCUUUGUCCACAGUGUCUCAUCAAGAAAUUAUUUUAAGGGAUCUCUGUGAGAAGAGUGUAGAUUUGAAUCAGAGGAUGCUUGAAGAAACCAUCAAAUUAAGUAAUUUAGCUAAAAGAAUUGAAGAAGUUGAUGCCCUUGUUGAAGCUCAGCUAAUGGAAAUGAGUGGAAAAUAUUGUAAUGGUGAUUAUGUUUGGAGAAUCAAAAAUUUCUCCCAAUUUUGUGCGGAAUUACAGAACAAACCAGGAAGAGUAUGUCACAGCCCAUCAUUCUACACAUCACAAUUUGGAUACAAGUUUUGUCUUCGAACUAAUAUCACAUGGAAGUCUGAUCAGUAUUUUUUAACUCUAUUUAUUCAUGGAAUGCAAAGUGAGAAUGAUGACUUCCUGGACUGGCCCUUUAGUGGACGCAUAACUCUUUCUGUACUAGACUGUGAUACAUCAUUACCUAAAAAACAUAUCACAGAGACCAUGGUGACUAAACCAGGUCUGCAGGCUUUCAAGCGUCCUGAUGUUGCCCGUAAUCCAAAAGGAUUUGGAUUCACAGAAUUUGUACCCCUUGCAAAAAUACUUCAACCCAGCAUAGGAACCUUCCUCAAAAAUGAUACUCUCUGCAUUAGAGCAACUGUUUGCCCUAACACUUGGAACCAUGAGAGUAGUCAGAGCAUGGAAAAACUUGGAAUAUUCAAAGAAAAGCUUCAUAUUGAGAAGCAAAGCUGUGUGUAAUUGGAAUAUAAAAAAAACUGAAGGAUAUACUUUUUAAUCAUUUGGAUUUUAACCCUAUGGUGAUGGAUUUUUCUUGCGAGGCACUUACCAGGGCGCAUGUAAAGUCAGCUUCUCAAGUGAAAAAUUAGGUACAGGAAGUUUUUAUUUACCCCACUCUUUGUGUGUAUCUGCAGCAUGUAUGAUUUAUCGGAAACUAAGGCUAAAACAAGGCUUAAACCCUAUUUUUGAGCUCAAUUAGAGCUAAAUAACAAACAGCUGUGUAGGCACACAACUUAGAGCAAGUUUACCAUUCAUGGUGUGGAUCCUUGCCACACAACAUUUGGGUAUGGUUUGUAAUGGCAAGAAUGGAUGUUGACCAUCAAUACGGGGUUUAGGAAGGGUUGUGAUGAGUAAAGUGGAAGACAUUUUUUAAACAACAUGGAAAAUUAAUCAUUCACCAGUCUUUAGAUUUAUAUAUUGAGUUAGUAAUUUAAUUAUGAAAUUAUUAAUAUUGUCAUCAUCAUUGUCCACAUAUAUGACAUUAUCAUCUUUAAUUUUUUGUUUUAUUAAGGUGAUUGUUAUUGUUUUAUGGGUUUUAUCUUAGUUUUUUUUUUUUUUAGAUAUUUGAAAUGUGAUCAUAAUUUCCUACUCUGAAUAUACUGAAUGCCUGUAAUGGAAAGAAUAGUAUAAAGAUAUUGACAGAGCAUUCUUUGUUACUGCAGUUUGUUUACAAAGCUUUGGGCUUUUUUUCUUUACUGUCUCUUUAAUUACCUUAAGAAUAGAAAACAUGUGAAUCUCAUUAGUGUUACAGCUAAAUGAUAAUUUUUUUUUCUCAUUCUGAUGCUCACUUGUAUGUAAGAAAACACAUACACGU